CAAAACAAAACACUUCACAUUUGACAUUUCAUUCACUUUUCACUUUCACUUUCACUAUAUAUAUAAAUACCCUUUUCGAAAAACCUUACUCAUUAUCAUUUCUCUCCUCUUUUAUCCUUCAAAUGAAAAACCUUUCUCAUUUCAUCACCAUUUUUCUCUUCCUUGUUCCAUUUUUCCUUGGAACAGAAAAUGUAACAGCUUUGAAAAGUCACGAUGGAUCAGAAGAAUGGGGUUAUGUUCAAGUUAGACCCAAAGCACACAUGUUUUGGUGGCUUUAUAGAAGUCCUUACAGAGUGGAAGAUUCUUCAAAGCCUUGGCCAAUCAUUCUUUGGUUGCAGGGUGGUCCUGGUGCCUCUGGAGUUGGAAUUGGAAAUUUUGAAGAAGUUGGGCCUUUGGAUACAAGCUUGCAGCCAAGGAAUUCAACUUGGUUGACAAAAGCAGAUCUCUUGUUUGUGGACAAUCCAGUUGGAACUGGAUACAGUUUUGUGGAGGAUGAUAAACUUUUUGUGAAAACAGAUGAGGAAGCAGCAACUGAUUUGACAACAUUGUUAAUUGCGUUGUUUAAUAAGGAUGAAAAACUUCAAAAGAGUCCUCUUUACAUUGUAGCAGAGUCUUAUGGUGGAAAAUUUGCUGUCACUCUUGGAUUGUCUGCUCUUAAAGCUAUUGAAGACAAGAAAUUGAAGCUUACACUUGGUGGUGUGGCAUUAGGAGACAGUUGGAUCUCAGCAGAAGAUUAUGUGUUCUCGUGGGGUCCUCUCCUUAAAGACCUCUCAAGACUUGAUGAUAAUGGACUUGAACAAUCAAACAGUAUAGCUCAGAGGAUCAAGCAGCAACUUGAAGAUGGUAAAUUUGCUGAUGCAACUAGCUCAUGGAGUGAACUUGAGUCUGUGAUUCUUGCUAACAGCAACAAUGUGGAUUUUUACAAUUUACUACUAGAUGAGGGAAGUGAUUCAUCAUCAACCUUGUCAGCAAUGGAACUUGGAUUAUUCAAAGAAAUAUCAAUGAAAAGUUACUCCAAGUAUCUCACAACCAUGAGGUCAAGGUCUUUUUCUCCUGGUGGUGACGAUGAUAUUGACACUUUACUAAAUGGUGUUAUAAAGAAGAAGUUAAAGAUCAUCCCUGAGAAUGUCACAUGGGGAGGACAGUCCAAUAAAGUUUUCUCAUAUCUUGAAGGCGAUUUUAUGAAGCCAAGAAUUGAUGAGGUUGAUCAGCUACUGGCUAAGGGAGUCAAUGUCACUGUGUACAAUGGACAAGUUGAUUUGAUUUGUGCUACCAAGGGGACUGAAGCUUGGCUUAAAAAACUCAAGUGGGAAGGGCUUAAAAAUUUCUUGGGAAAAGACAGAACAGCCCUUUACUGUGGAAGUACCAAAACGACCAAAGGCUUUGUAAAGUCAUAUAAAAAUCUUCACUUCUAUUGGAUUCUUGGAGCUGGCCAUUUUGUACCCACUGAUCAACCUUGCCUGGCUCUAAAAAUGAUAGCUUCAAUUACACAAUCACCAGCUACUUGAACUGAAAGUAUGCAUAGAAAAGGAUAAUUUCCACAGUACUAUUUUUAGAAUAAAAUUAAACAGCGUCCCAGAAAGGGAAUGAAUUGUUGAUCAAGUAAGCAAGAGUCAACAAGCAAGCAAACACUGCAGCACGAUCAGGGCAAAGAACAUCAAUAAAACUCAUGGAAAAGAUAGCUACAAUGUUUUUAUUUAUUGUUUCCUUACACUUUCAUUCUUUUCUCUUGUCAUAAUUAUUGUUAUCUUAUAAAUAAAGACGCACAUUUUCUUUUGAA